AUGGUUUAUCUCAAGGGUGGGAUUUAUAUUAUCAGCUGUGAUGAGCAUACAGUGCGAUAUGACAUUGCCAAAAACAGAUGGGGUAAGAAUUUGCCUUCAUGUGGUCAUGGUGAUGGUUUUUGUGUUGCUGCCUCUGAUGAGUUCAUAUAUGCCAUGGGGGGUUUGUUAACAGGGAGAGAAGCAAAUAUAUAUGAUCCUGGAACAAAGAAAUGGUCUUCCUUGCCACAGAUGAUUUAUGGAACCCGAUGUGGUGCAGCAGUUGUUUUUCAAAGUAUGGUUUAUGUACUUGGCGGUUUAAAGUUCCCGAGCCUUUGCAGCCUUGUUCAAUGUUAUAACCCUGUUGUUCGCUCUUGGACAGAAAUUGCAAAAAUGAAGAUGAAUAGAGGUUUGUUCAGUGCAUGUGUUGUUGAUAAUAAAAUGUUUGCAGUCGGUGGUGCUCAAGGCCUGACUGAGGAUUCUAUUGAAACAUUCAAUGAAGAAACUGGUGAAUGGAAAAUAGUCUGUGAAAUGGAUCGGCCUGAGGUGGACUGGGUUUAUUGCUGUUGCUUUACUCAAUAA